UUGCUUUCGGGCAUUGCUAUCCAGGACAGCACCAUGAACAUCUUCUUGCCUCUUAUAGGGGUGCUGUGCAUUUUAGGAGCAAAUAGCUUUGUCUCAGCAGGGAGGAAAAGGGUGACAAGAGAAACAGAUGCCCCACCACCCAUUGAUUGCUUGCUGAGCCGCUGGAGUGAAUGGGGACCAUGCAAUUCAUGUGCAAAAGAAAGAUAUCGCUCGAGGAGUGUCCUGAAGUAUGGACAGUUUGGAGGGAAGCCCUGUUCUGAAGCUCUGGGAGACAGACAGGUCUGUGAACCAGACAGCCCUUGUCCUGAAGAGCAAGUUGAUUGCGGCAAUGAUUUCAAGUGUGAAAAUGGACACUGUAUAAAGAAAAGACUGGUGUGUAACACAGAAGACGACUGUGGAGACUUCUCUGAUGAAGAUAACUGUGAUGACAAUCUCCGACCACCCUGUCGCGACCGUAUAAUUGACGUAUCAGAGAUUGGAAGAACAGCUGGCCGUGGUAUCAACAUUCUCGGAAUGGAACCAAAGGAAAGCCCAUUUUACAAUGAGUUUUACAACGGGAUCUGUGACAGAGUUCGCGAUGGGAAUACUGGCACAUACUAUCGCAAGCCGUGGAAUGUUGCUGUGCUCAAUUAUGACACAAAAGGAGACAAAAGAAUGAGAAGUGAAUUCUAUGAGGACCAGGUGACAGCGAUAAAAGAAAUGUUCAGUGAGAGGCAUAGGUCUGCUGAAAGAAGCUUUUCUCUAAAACUGUACCCUACAGAGAUAGGGGACGUGAACUGGUCACUAAAUGUCAGCAGAAGUAUGAAAGGCUUCAGUAAUGAAAGUCUAAGUCAGUUCUUGAAGAAUUCUAAAGGAAAGCAACAAACGUUUUUUCAUGUCAAAUCAAACAUUGAACUUGGAUCGUUCCAAAUGCGGAGGCGUGACCUCCGCCUGACUGACACAUUCCUUGAUGAUUUAAAAUAUCUGCCCAGCACCUAUGACGGAGGAGAGUAUUUUAAAUUUUUGGAAACACAUGGAACUCAUUUUGCACAGAAGGGAACCGCUGGAGGAAAAUAUGAACUACUGUAUGUAUUGGACAACCAGACGAUGAGAGAAGAAGGACUCACUGUAGUGGAUGUAAAAGCCUGUCUGGGUUCUAGUACAGAAUUUGGUUUAACAACUGACAUGUUUAAUGUCAAGGAUCAUUCUAAAAAAUCUGAAUGUAAAAGUGACAAGAUUAGAAGUGCUGUCAACUCUAGCCGCCAUGGAAUUAUCCAUGAUGUGAUCUCUCUAGUGCAAGGAGGAAAGAGCGUCGUUUUAGCUAGGCUGAAGGAACAGCUGUCGCAAGGUGACGUUAUUGACAUAGACUAUGUCCAGUGGGCAGCUACGCUACCUGAUGCCCCCACAGUGAUAAAAUAUGAAACAUAUCCAAUUUCUACUCUCGUACCACUGACGAUACACGACUCCAGCAUAAAGAAACAGAAUCUGGACAGAGCUGUGGAGGACUAUGUUGCUGAAUACAAUGUGUGCAAAUGCCAGCCUUGUCAAAAUGGUGGGACCGUCAUACUGCUGAAUGGAAGGUGUGAAUGUGGCUGUUCCCCUUACUUCAGGGGAGAAGCCUGCCAGAUACCCACACCAAUUUCUGGCCCAGUCCAGGCCGUCACUGAUGGGAGCUGGAGCUGCUGGUCUAGCUGGUCUGCAUGUGUGCAAGGAGAACGCACUCGAACGAGACAGUGUAAUAAUCCUGCACCCGGAGCUGGGGGCAAGCAAUGUGCAGGAGAUGCCUCCAACUUGGGCUAUUGCCCUUAAAUAAUGGUGCAGAAGACCAAAAACAGGUGUCUGGUAGGAAAGUGACACAACUUGAAUGACCCUCAGAUUGGCACACAAACCUCCUGCCAUCAAAGAGUUUUAGAAGAUAUGCCAGAUGAUCCCUAAAUUUUGGAGUUCCUGCUCUUGUUAUUGUUUUUUUAAAAUGUUGAGAAUAAAUUGCUGGGCUAGACA